UUGCGGACGGAGGCGGCGGCGGCGUGCGUGAUUUCACACCCAGUGUUUGCAUGAAACCCGGAGCCGAAACGCUUCGCGCGGCCACACUCGAGUGUUGAUCCGGACCGCGGGUCAGUGCAGCGCGCACGGUUUUGAUGAUAUUCAUCAGCGGGAUCUUGGAGCUAAGUUAAUUAGCGGCUACUUAAAGUUGACUCGAGCCAUCCGCGGACAAUGAGGAAAAUCGCUCUGUUGCUAGUUGUGCUGCUCGGGGCUGCUCUGUUUGUUUCUGUCAGCAGAUGCGACGAAGAUGCUGAGCAGAAGGAGGCAGGUGAAGGGGACAGUGAUGGAGAGGAGGAGGAUGAAGAUGAUGACGAUGAGGAGGAGGAUGACACCGAGGUGAAAGAGGAAAACGGAGUGCUGAUUCUCACCGACGGCAACUUCGAGACCUUCAUGGAGGGCAAAGACACAGUCCUGGUUGAGUUUUAUGCUCCAUGGUGUGGCCACUGCAAGCAGUUUGCCCCAGAGUAUGAGAAAAUCGCCCAGGCCCUCAAAGAGAACGACCCUCCUAUUCCCGUGGCCAAAGUGGACGCCACAGUGGCCAGUGGUCUGGCGAGCAGGUUCGAAGUGUCGGGUUAUCCCACCAUCAAGAUCCUGAAGAAAGGGGAGCCUGUGGAUUACGAUGGAGAGAGAACACAGUCGGCCAUUGUGGAGCGGGUGAAAGAGGUGGCUCAUCCUGAUUGGAAACCUCCCCCUGAGGCCACUCUGGUGCUCACCAAAGACAACUUUGAUGACACCGUGAACAAUGCAGACAUCAUCCUGGUGGAGUUUUACGCCCCAUGGUGUGGACACUGCAAGCGUCUGGCCCCGGAGUACGAGAAGGCAGCCCAGGAGUUGAGCAAGCGGUCGCCCCCCAUCCCUCUGGCGAAGGUGGACGCCACGGUGGAGAGUGACAUCGCCUCGCGCUUCGAGGUCACCGGGUAUCCCACCCUCAAGAUCUUCAGGAAGGGCAAAAUGUUUGACUACAACGGACCCAGAGAGAAGUACGGCAUUGUUGACUACAUGGGGGAGCAAGCCGGGCCUCCCUCCAAGCAGGUCCAGGCUGUAAAACAGGUGCAGGAGCUCAUUAAGGACGGCGACGACGCCGUCAUCGUCGGCGUGUUCAGCAGCGAACAGGACGCAGCCUACGAGACCUACAUUGAAGCCUGCAACAUGUUGAGAGAAGAUUUCACCUUCAGACACACCUUCAGUGCCGAAGUCUUCAAGCUCCUCAAAGCUUCACCUGGCCAGGUCGUCGUCAUUCAGCCAGAGAAGUUUCGCUCCAAAUACGAGCCAUCGUCACAAACUCUGACUGUCAAGGACUCGACUCUGGUGUCAGAUAUUCAAGAUUUCUUCAAAAAACACGUGAUUCCUCUGGUGGGCCACAGAAAACCCAGCAACGACGCCAAGCGCUACACAAAACGGCCGCUGGUGGUUGUGUAUUACGGCGUCGACUUCAGCUUCGACUAUAGGAAAGCAACACAGUUCUGGAGGUCGAAGGUCCUUGAAGUGGCCAAAGACUUCCCCGAGUACACGUUCGCCAUCGCCGACGAGGAGGAUUACGCAGACGAGCUGAAGAGUCUGGGUCUGAGCGAGAGCGGAGAGGAAGUGAACGCAGGGAUUAUGGCCGAAGGGGGCAAAAAGUACGCCAUGGAGCCCGACGAGUUCGACUCGGACGUCCUCAGAGAAUUCGUCAUGGCGUUUAAGAAAGGGAAACUCAAGUCCAUCGUCAAGUCGCAGCCGGUGCCGAAGAACAACAAGGGACCCGUCAAAGUGGUGGUUGGCAAAACCUUCGAGGAGAUCGUCAUGGACAAGCAGAAGGACGUCCUGAUCGAGUUUUACGCCCCCUGGUGCGGCCACUGCAAGAAGCUGGAGCCCGAUUACCUGGCUCUGGCCAAAAAGUACAAGGGCGAGAAGAGCCUGGUGAUCGCCAAGAUGGACGCCACGGCCAACGACGUGCCCAACGAGAACUACAAAGUGGAGGGCUUCCCCACGAUAUACUUCGCUCCGAGCAACAGCAAGCAGAGCCCGGUGAAAUUCGAGGGGGGAGACAGAACGGUAGACGGAUUCAGCAAGUUCCUGGAACAGCACGCCACAAAGCCUCUACACAAGAGAGACGAACUUUGAGAAUAAAGCAGCUGAGAACACUAUACGUGCUCGCGGACGCCGACGAGCCGUCUGGGAAGGUGAAGGGAAGGCAGUGGAUUUAAAAAAAAAAAAAGAAAAACGGUGUUACUGAUUUGCUGUGGUGAUUACAAUCAUCCCUUUUUUUUUAAGUUUCCGUUCAUUCCAAGAGAUUCAGCUUUCUUCUGUUUCUAAGAGCAUGUAAGCACUGUUUGAAAAUGACAUCUUUUUAAAUAAAACCCAAAACAAUGGCGGCUUUGUGAGCCAGCCGUUAAAAGUGA